CUUUUCAAAACAGACGAUCGGAGAGAAACAUGUCAGGACGAGGAAAGGGAGGCAAAGGUCUGGGGAAAGGAGGCGCCAAGCGCCACCGCAAAGUCCUCCGCGACAACAUCCAGGGCAUCACCAAGCCCGCCAUCCGCCGCUUGGCUCGCCGCGGCGGGGUCAAGCGCAUCUCGGGGCUCAUCUACGAGGAGACCCGCGGCGUGCUGAAGGUCUUCCUGGAGAACGUCAUCCGCGACGCCGUCACCUACACCGAGCACGCCAAGAGGAAGACCGUCACCGCCAUGGACGUGGUCUACGCCCUCAAGCGCCAGGGACGCACCCUGUACGGCUUCGGUGGUUAAAUCGACACCCGCGCUCGCAGUGAUCCAACCAAAAAGGCCCUUUUAAGGGCCACACACGUUUUCUACUAUGAGCCAAUAUUCUCCUGUUAUCAAAACGAAUCUUUCUUAACCGCUUUAAACAAAUUAAUACAGAAAUUUGACGUCAGUGAAGCGCCAAUUUGCCGAUUCGUAGUGAUCUCUAAUUGCGGCUAUUGAUCAAUAGCUGAACAUAUCCUUGAGUUCUGACUUCAAAACCUUCAAAUUUAAUGAAGCCUUUAACUGGCUUGGUUUUUUUCUAUAGUGUUGGUUUACUAAGUGACAAAAUAUUAAAGGUGAUCGUAUAUACAUUAAAAUUAUUCCAGUUUUUAUUUUCAGUUUUGUGAUUUUAAAAUCCUACGAUUGAUUUUUACCAAUUAAACAUGAACGUCAACACAUUGAAUUA